AUGAAUUUCCGCCCAAAGAAUUACAAAAUUCUCUCGUUCGACAUCUUUGGGACACUCAUAGACUGGGAAACAGGAAUAAACGACGCUCUACUUCCCCUCCUCUCAGAACUUCCCGCUUCAUCAAUCCACCACCCUUCUCAAAAUAACGUCCUUACAACCCGAAAAUUCAUUCUCAGCGCAUACACCACCCUUGAACUUUCCGUCCAAAAAGAAGAACCAACUCUUCCCUACCCCAAAGUCCUCGCUUCCGUUUAUGAAAAACUCGCUUCUCAACUCUCUAUCCCCAUAACGGCUGAAGAGGCGGCCCAAUUCGGCUCCACAAUCGGUUCAUGGCCUGCCUUUCCAGACACAGUUGCGGCAAUGCAGGCCCUUUCGAACAACUACAAACUCAUCGUUCUUUCGAAUGUUGAUCGAUCGUCAUUCUCUCAGACCUUAUAUGGGCCCCUCAAAGGUGUGGAAUUCGACGCAAUCUACACAGCAGAAGACAUCGGAUCCUAUAAACCCAAUUUAAGGAAUUUCCAGUACUUAGUUGAUCAUGCGAAGGAGAGCUUUGGAGCAGAGAAAAAAGAAAUUUUGCAUGUCGCGCAGAGUAUUGCUCAUGAUCAUAAGACGGCCAAAAAGGCGGGUUUCGAGCCUACAAUUUGGAUCAAACGCCGACCUAGGGGAGAGGAGGCUUUGAUGGGUGGUGAUUGGGAGGAGGCGAAGGAUGAAGUUAAUUUGGCUGCCACUUUUGGGACAUUGGGAGAGUUUGCUGAGGCUGUGGAGAAGGGACUUUGA